CUCGGAUCAAAUCCCAGUAAGCAGUGCCCCAUGUGUCGUCACAGGCCGGUAGGGCCAUUUGGGCGCUCCCAGUACAACGCAAACUCAUUUUUGCGUCAUUUUGCCGUUAGUUGCAUUGCGAAGAAAAUGAGCGGAACAUGGGUUCAUGAACACAUUCGAAGACUCGGAACGGUAAACAGAGAUGCAGAGUUAAUCCCCACCCAGUCAACAUCAUCUCCCUACGUCCAGUGGAGGGUUUGGUCGUAAAAUUCGAUACGUUGCAACUGACCUCAUCGGCGCCGUUUGGGCAUUUUUCAUGAAUUAAAUCGUGAUAAUAGAGUUCGAUGCAGUUUGACAAUCACCUCAUCGAUUGACAAAACGUUUUCACCGGGCAGCUGUCAUAGCACAAUAACAAAACAAAGGACGAAUUUAGCCGGCGCGAAACAUGUAUUCUCUACUACACAAAGAGGAGGCGGCACACGAGGAAAGCAUUUGGUCCUGCGCCUGGGGCCGAAUAAAAGUGCGCCCGGAAGGUGCGGACGACGAAAACGAUGACAACUCACGGGAUUCCACGGCCAGCAAAAAGGACGCCAGUGGCUCGCUGGCUGAGUACAGAGAUUUCAUCGUUACCGGUGGUGUCGAUGAUACGGUGAAGAUUUGGGACGUGUUGCCGGAUCGGAGCAAAUUUAAGCUUCGAAACACCUUCACCGGACAUUCGCUCGGUGUGGUGUCGGUGGAUGUCAGCACCAGUGGGGAAGUUAUCGCGAGCAGCUCGCUCGAUUCAAGCCUGUGCAUAUGGAAAGCGGAAACGGGGCAGCUGAUGAAUCAAAUUUCGGUCGGGCCGGUCGAUUUGUGGACGGUGGCGUUUUCACCAUGCGAUAAGUACAUCAUUUCCGGUUCGCACGAGGGAAAGAUUUCGCUCUACAGUGUAGAAACGGGCAAGGCGGAACAGGUGUUGGAUCCACAGAACGGCAAAUUUACGCUCAGCAUUGCAUAUAGCCCCGAUGGCAAGUACAUUGCGAGCGGUGCUAUCGAUGGCAUUAUCAACAUUUUCGAUGUGGCAGCGGGCAAGGUGGCCCAAACGCUCGAAGGCCACGCCAUGUCGGUGCGCAGUCUGUGCUUCUCGCCCGACUCCCAAAUGCUGCUGACCGCUUCGGACGAUGGGCACAUGAAGCUGUACGAUGUGGCACACUCCGACGUGGUGGGCACGCUGUCCGGCCACGCGUCCUGGGUGCUGUCGGUAUCGUUCUCGGGAGAUGGGAAAAAUUUCGCCUCCUCUUCCAGCGACAAGACGGUCAAAAUCUGGAACGUUGCCGAACGCCAGUGUCUGCACACGUUUACCGAGCACGCGGAUCAGGUGUGGGGCGUACGGUACAGCCCGGACAGUGCGAACGUCAUCUCGGUGUCGGAAGAUAAGUGUAUAAACAUGUACGACUGUCCACCGAACGUUGUGUGAGAUUAAUAAAAUUCUUUCCAUUUCACGCAUUUAUCUCCAACAAGAAUUAGUUUGGGACGUUCGUUUGUUUCACGUCCUAUUGGAAUUGGCACUUUAAGGAGAUAAAUUAAAUUGAAUUCUUAUAGAAAAAUGGGAUGAAACUGAGAAUCGGUAGGAAUUGGCACAACUUGGCAUAAUUUGACAUGGGUACAACGGCAACGUACGUGACAUCCAUUUUUAUACUGGAAUAUUUUGUUCACUGGCAGGAAAGAAUAACAAUACUAGUGAAAUUCUGUUGAAAAUAUACCCAACCGUAACCAUAAAGUCAAUCAUUUGAUUGCAGA